AUGUCUGGCUGGGGCUCAUGGCUGUGAGUAGCUAGCAAUUCCUUCCUCCAUACAUACUCGCUGAUCGCUCUAGCUGCUCCUCAUCGCCUCCCCCACACCUCUCGCCGCGUCACGCAGCUCGGGAGCAGACACAUCCGCAACGGACAGUCAACCCAACUUCAAGGCCAUCUCUGACACUCCCCAGAAUGCACUCUUUGCCCCGCUAGAGAAAUCAGACUUGGAAUGGACCUGCGCUGGUGGCUUCACCACCGAGACGCAGGUAUGGUACACCAUCCUGGACGACGGCGCUUUUGCUACCAGUCAGAUCAUCCACAGCGCCAUUGGGUGAGUGGAUCCGGCUCUUGAUGGUCCUGUGACAAAGGCAGAAGCAGUCUGACCCGUCUCUGCUCACUCGCUCGCUCGCUCGCUCUUUGCGCUGCCAGGCUGUGGUACCCGCAGAUCCAAGUCACUUUCAAGUACUUUAACCCAAAGACGGGUCAAAAGAUUUGGAAGUCGGCUUCCGUCUCUAAAUUUGAGACGCCGGCACCUCAAGGAACGGGUCGAGACAAGAGCAAGCAGCACGAUAAGCGCAGCUGCAAAGGGGAGCAAUUCAGCGUCAUUCACAAUGGCACGGCGGAUGGAACGGAGAGCUACACGAUCGAAGCGAAUAUGGACGCAGAGGUGCAAUUGAGCUACACUUUUACAAAGAGCGCCAAGCAUGCCGGUUGGAAGUUGGGUGCUGGACCGGAGGGAGGAAAGAGCUUUUUCGGUUCCAACGCUGCCAAUCCUGAUGGCUACGUCAUCCAUCGCUUUUGGCCCAGAACUUCCACCACGGGUCACAUCCUCAUCAAGGGUCAAGCGAUCGACGCAAAGGGUCAAGGUAUGUUCAUUCACGCCAUUCAAGGUAUGAGACCCAACCUGGUCGCGUCCAGGUGGAACUUUGCGAAUUUCCAGAGCGAAGAUCUGGCAGGAGUAGCUGCUAUAUCCAUGGAGUUUACAACGACGAGCGAUUAUGGAGGACCGGUGGGCAGCGGUACGCCAAAGUCGGGCUCUCAAAUCUCACAACAAGGAGGUCAGCCGAACAGGACCAGAGAGACGCGCACAGUGACCAUUGGCAGCAUCAGCGUUGGGGAUGAGCUGGUGGCGGUGACUGCUGGGACGCGUCACGGCAAGACCGCAGCGCCUGGCAACAGCGAUACGCAGGUGGAACAUCAAAAAGUGAAGCACGAUGCAGAGACGGGCUACACCAUCCCCGAGCAGCUGCACUUUGUGUGGGAUGGUCCGCUGCUCGUUGCUGGGAAGCCGCAGAGCGAAAAGGUGCGCGCCGAUUUGACUGCGGAUAUUUCGGCUGGGAAGGGAUUGAUUGAGCGGGUGGACGUGUUAGGUGAGAUGCCGGCCAUGGUGCGCAAAGUGGUCAACUACGUCGCAGGAACAAAGCCCUACAUCUGGCAGGUGAGUGUGCAAAGGAGACAAAGAGCGUGCCGCUUGAUUUGCCGAUAUUGACACGCCAAAUUUGGCUCACGCGUCGUGCUGCUUUCGUCCGGCCCCUUUCGCCCAUCCCACGUUGCAGUCCUUCCUGCCCGCGAAGCUCAACUUGACCCUGCCAGAGAGCUACAAGUCCGACUCGGCUUCGGCAGGCGCACACACCGUCGACGGCACCUGGUUCGGAGAGUUUACCUUCAUCUCUGAGCCCUGA